AAAAACGACAGUUCGACAGUUGACAAAAAGUUCUAAAUUGUUUCAUAAAAAUUGUUCGUCUAGAAACACUUGCCGCUGGUCGAUACGCGUGUGUGGACGAGAACGGUCUAACGGCUCGCACAUUUCAAAAUAAAAACCAGUAAAGAAUAAAGAAACAAAUCAACCCCCCACCAAACAAUCCCCUCCCCCCACAAUUUAGUGUUCAAGUGUUGUCAUCUAUCUGAUGAUUUUGGUGAAAACUUUAUUUGCAACACAUUCAGAGGAUUAAAAAAACGUUCAACAUUCAACUUUUUGUGGAUUUUCUAUAAUUUUUCCAACAUUUUAUGAUUCAUCGACAACCAAUAUGGUUUAUUAUCCUGCUAAUCAAUUGCUCAUAAAAACAGAGCAACCAAGUCAAACGCAAUUCUGUCUGCAAGUGCCGCCGCCAUUGACGGUAACACAAAGUAUUGGAGUGCCCCCCAGCGGACAGCAGGAGCACUAUGAGCUAUUGCAGACGCCGCAACAGCGGCAAAUGCAGUUGCAACAGCAACAGCAACAACAGCAGCAGCAGCAACAACUUCACCACCAGCAACAACAGCAUCUAGCUGGCUAUCAGUUGGCCCAGCAUGAGAGUAUUACAACAACAACAGCGACGCAAAGGAUCAAACAGGAGCAUAAUAUAUCCUAUGGGCAAUUGCGUUUACCAUCAUUACCAGCAGCAACAUCGGCAACAGCAGCAACUGUUGCAUCCCCAGCAGCAACAACAACACCAACACCUACAACAACGGGAGCCAAAGUGGUGGCCACACGCAAACCCAAUCCCAAUAAGCCACAAUUCAAAUGCGAACAAUGUGGCAUGACAUUUGGCAGCAAAUCGGCGCACACUUCCCAUACAAAAUCGCAUGCCAAGAACGCCGAAAUGUCACGAGAUGCCAAUGGCGGAGGAGUUGGAGGUAGCAUGAAUCUAUCAUCAUCGACGAACUCCGCAUCGCCGCCAAUUGAACUGAAUGAGGCAGGUCUGCCAUUGGGCAUACCAAAGAGUCCCAUUAUUAAGCCAUUGGCCAAUGUGGCAGCCGGUUCUGAUCCCUAUCAGUGCAGUGUGUGUCUAAAGACUUUUGCGGUUCCCGCUAGACUGAUCCGUCACUAUCGCACCCAUACGGGUGAACGUCCCUUCGAAUGUGAAUUCUGUCAUAAAUUGUUCAGCGUUAAGGAGAAUCUGCAAGUCCAUCGUCGCAUCCAUACCAAGGAGCGACCCUAUAAAUGUGAUGUCUGUGGACGUGCUUUCGAGCAUUCCGGGAAAUUGCAUCGCCAUAUGCGUAUACAUACGGGUGAACGACCACACAAGUGUUCCGUGUGCGAAAAGACUUUUAUUCAAUCCGGCCAAUUGGUGAUCCAUAUGCGAACCCACACCGGCGAGAAGCCCUACAAAUGCCCCGAGCAGGGCUGCGGCAAAGGAUUUACCUGCUCGAAACAAUUGAAGGUACACUCUCGCACCCAUACGGGUGAGAAGCCGUAUCAUUGUGACAUUUGUUUCCGUGAUUUUGGCUACAAUCAUGUCUUGAAAUUGCAUCGUGUCCAGCAUUAUGGCGCCAAGUGCUACAAAUGCACCAUUUGCGAUGAGACAUUCAAGAAUAAAAAGGAAAUGGAAGCCCACAUCAAGGGACAUGCCAAUGAGAUACCCGACGAUGAGGCAGAAGCGGCAGCUGCAUCGGCCAAUGGAGGUGGGGCGAGCGGAUCAUCUGGUUCGGUGUCGGGCUCAUCGCAAGCCAUCACCAGCACAUCGGAUAGUAGUAACAAUUCACCACCCAGUUCACCACCGGCGAUGGUGGCCAAGAAGCCGCGUCAACCACGUCAGCCCAGAGGAGCCAAAGCAGCAGCCAUUGCCGCUGCCGCCGCCGCUGCUGCCGCCAAUAUUGGUGGUCCUCUAUCGCCCAGCUCGGCAAGCUCAACGUAUUCGCCUCUGAGCAGCAGUCAGGCUUCGCCACCGCCCUCGACAAUUUCUUCCUAUCAGCCUCCACAAUUGGAUACCGAUGCUCAUAGUCGGGAUAGCGGUGUAUCGAGUGCCCAACCACCACAUAGCAACUAUGCGGAUGACGAUUUACCCACAGAUCUGAGCAUGCAACAGCAGCAGCAACAACAGCACCAACAACACCAAAUGUCCUCUCCUCCGCCGCCGCAAAUGGUCUACUAUCAGGAACCAUCCUCUGCAUCUGCAACCAUUAAUCCUGCUCUCCUCGAGGCCGCCAGUAUAGCUCGUUAUCACACUGAAGAAGCUGAAGAUGAGGAUGAUAAAAUCGAUGAUGUUCAUGUGGCCGCCUUGCAAAUGAUGCAAUUAUGCCGUGGUGGACAUGCAGCCAUUAGUCCACCUUCACCUCCCAUGCAACAACAAUUGGUGGCGCCUCAGCAACAUCAACCACAGCAACAUCAACAACAGCAACCAACUUUGCAUGUCAGUGAACUGGCCGCCAACUAUGAUGAUACCCAUGAGGCCAACGAAUUGAUUGAGCACUUCAAAAGAGGAGAUCUGGCCCGUCAUGGACUACACAAGGGUUAUGCCCCAGUGCCGAAAUAUGAAUCUGCCUUGCCGAAUCAAGAUAUUGUACGUCGUGUGGAGGCCGCCAUAGGUCUACGAUCGAGCACUGAGUCACCUGAGCGUAGUUCCUCACCGGAAAGUGAUUCCCUGAUGAUGGCCGAUCGCAAUGUGAUGACUUUGCCUUUGCGUAAACGUAAGCACUACAUGAACAAGGGCGAGGACAUGGAUCACGGGGACACCAUCAAUGCCAGCCAGGGCAAAGUGACUGAAGUCUCUGCCACGGCAACAGGCGGCGGAGCAGCAACAGUUGGCGGGGCGAGCGACAACACGGAUUCAACAUCGAAAGUGAUGCGUUUGAGUUCAGUUAUACAAUUUGCCAAGGCCUCGUAAUAUGUUUGAAGAUGGAAUUGAUUGAGGAUCGAUCAGGAUUGUGGAUUGAUUGAUCAAUCAGCUAAAAGACUGUUCAACAAAUUCUAACUGAAAAAUAAUUUUACUCUUUUUUUUAGUUUUUUCUU